AUGAGCUUCGUCACCCGCAGGGCGCUCUCGACCCUCAUCCCCCCCAAGGUCGCUUCGCCAAGUGCCAUUGGCGCUGCCCCCGAUGCCGUCCGCAUGAAGCGCGUCGUCAACUUCUACGAGAAGCUCCCCCGUGGCUCUGCCCCCAAGGUUGAGCCCAAGGGUCUUUUCGGACGUUACCAGGCCAAGCACUUUGGUGGCGACAACGCCUCUGGCAAGCCCAUCAUUCACGCCAUCGGUCUUAUCUUGGUCAUCGGAUACCCCAUCACUUACUACUUCCACCUGCGCCACCACAAGAACAACGCCCACUAA